CGUUCUGAUUCAGUGUAAUUUUAUUAUUGUGUUUUUAAUUGAUUGUAAUGUUUAAAUUUUUUGCGGUGGCAAGAAAUUACGUAACAAAUAUGAUUAGUGUUACAAAAUAUUGCAAAUACAUUGCAUUUUGUUGAUCUGACACCACCUCACAUCAUGUCAGACUCGAUUAAAAAAUUUCGCGCUGAUUUCGAUCAACCAGUGGCCUCGACGAACAAAAAAAUCGAACUGGUCACAAAUCAUUAUCAUUUGGAGAUACCGAGAUGCGUUGUUUAUCACUAUGAUGUAAAAAUAGAUUAUGGAGGAUUUGAUGGCAAUCUUUUCAAUGAAUCUUCAUUUUAUCACGGUAAAUCAACAAAAUUUUAUUCUGAUAAAAGCUGGAGUGUCAUGAAUAAAUAUAUCAAACAGAAUCAAUCAUCUGGGGGCACCUUUUAUGAUGACAAUUUGCAGGCUUGUUUGCUACCUGUUUUUGAUGGUAAACAAAAUUUGUACACAGUCCGCCCCAUACCAUCGUUAGGCAUCACAAAAAUGGCUGAAAAAUGUGAAUACAUCAAAUUAGAAGAUUCAUCGAAGUUUGGAUACCGAAUCAAGAUUCGAUUUGCAACCAAAGUAGAUCUUGAAGCUUUGUCUGAUUAUGUCAACGACAAUAGAUCAUUCAAGAGUGCUGAUUGGUACAAAAGACUACCACAUGAUGCUGUGCGAGCGCUUGACAUAAUUCUCCGUGCUAGUUCACCGGUAAAUCACGUUCCAUUAGGAAAUUGCAUUUUUCCUAAAUCUGAAAAUGCUGACUCUAUCAACAUCGGCUGCGGGAAACAAGUCAUUAGUGGACAUUACCAAAGCAUCCGUCCAACAGCCAGUGGCCUUUCCUUAAUUAUCGACAAAAGUUCAACAACAUUUUACAAUGCAACUGAUUUAGUUGAUUUCAUACGAAAUUUACUUAAAGAAAUUCCCGGUAAACAAAGUGUUCGUAAUAUGGACCCUCUUGCCAGCAUUAGUUUAGCAUCCAAGGAAGCAAAAAAGACGAUUGAAAACAAUUUAUUAUUUAUUGAAAAAGAAUUACAAGGAAUCAAGUUGGAGGUAACUCAUACACCACAAAAAAUGAAAUUCAAAGUCAGGAAAUUGACGAGAACUUCAGUUAAAGAAACCUAUUUUACUUUGAAUGGAUUUGAGGAUAAAAAAAUUUCCGUUUACGACUUUUUCCUUGAAAAAUAUAAAAUCAAAAUCAGUUAUUUGCAUCUACCUUGCGUGGUUGUUGGGAAUGCCAAGAGACCAUCUUAUCUGCCACUAGAAGUCUGUCAAGUUGUCAAAAAUCAAAGGACCAAAGCGUUGAGUCAAAAGGAGAGGAUUUCAUUCAUCAAAUCUUCUUCGCAAGACUGUGAUCGUAGAUUUGAAGUGAUAAACGAUGGUGCACUUUCAAUCAAAAAGGCCAAUACCAAUUAUCUUAACGAAUUCAGCUUGGAUUUAUCCGAAAAACCUAUACAAGUUGAUGGUUUGUGCUUAGACAGACCAAAAAUUUAUUAUAAGGAUAAUUUUUUUACACCCGACGCUGGAAAAUGGAAUAUGUGUGAUAAAAAAAUUGUCAAAGGAUGUAAAGUUGAUGAUUGCCGUUGGUUUAUUGUCAAUCUUUCAAAACUAACGGAGGAUGUUGUAAAACGUUUCAUAUCACUUUUAAUCUCAUUCGGCAACGAUAAAGGAGCCAGUAUUGGACAACCUGAAUAUUGGAAUGAUGGUCAUUAUGAGUGUAAAAGUGUGGAAAGAAUCUUGAAAUCCAUCCACAAAAAGCAUUACAACAAAGAGAUUCGUCGUCCAAAGUUGAUAAUGUUCAUCAUUACUCGGGUAAAGGAUGAUAGCAUUUAUCAUGAAAUAAAGCAAUCUGGUGAUGUCGAGUUUGGUUUCAACACGCAAUGUGUAGUUGAUUCUAAUGUAAGAAGUGCCAUUAAAGAUAAAGGUUUUUUCAUAUUAGCCAACAUUUUCUUAAAAAUGAAUGCAAAACUGGGAGGCAUAAAUAAUGUGAUUGGUGUUGAUACUACUCUAAAAGGGAUUCUUGGGAAACAAGCAACUAUCAUCAUGGGAGCUGAUGUAACUCAUCCUACCGAUAAAAUGUCCUACUCAAUAGCUGCAUGUGUUGCCAGUUUAGAUGAAAAUCAAACACAAUAUGCUGCAAGUGUCCGUGUUCAACAAAGAUCUAAUGAGGAAAUAAUAUUAGAUCUCCCUGACAUGGUUUAUGAACUUUUAAAUACAUAUGUAAAUAAAAAUAUGAAAACUGAUUCAAAAUCAGUUGACAACAUUUUACCUGAACGUCUUAUAUUCUAUCGAGAUGGUGUAAGCGAUGGUCAAUUUUCAAAAGUGAUGGAAAAAGAAAUUGAAAGAAUGCCAGAAGCUUUCGAAAAGAUCUCGAAAAAAUUUGGCCUUAAAGUGUCCUAUCGCCCAAAAGUAACUUUUAUUGUUGUUCAAAAACGACAUCAUACCAGAUUAAAACCUCUGAAUCCAGAUGAUUCAGAAGGAAAGGCCAAAAAUGUACCCUCAGGGACAUUAGUGACUCAAAAAAUCGUUAGUACAAACAACGGAUCUGAUUUUUUCCUCUGUAGCCACUCAAGUUCAUUGGGAACAUCUAAACCAAGUCAUUACUAUGUGCUCGUUGAUGAUAAUAACUUUGACUCAGGAGUUCUGUAUAGUUUAACCUUCAGUCUAUGCUAUAUUUAUGCUAAAUGUACUCGUGUUAUCUCAAUUCCAGCCCCGGUUCAGUACGCACAUUUGGCCGCUUUCAGAGCCCGUCAACAUUUGGUUAAUACCGACAAAAGAAGAUACUCUAGCGACCCUGAGAGCGAGAGAAAAGAAAUCGAGAAAUCCAUAAAAAUUCAUCAUAGACUAACCUCAGAUUUUUACUUCAUUUGAUUUCUUUUACUGUCCAACUUUUAAUUCUCAUCUAUUUUAAUUUCCAAUUUUUUAUCACCAAUGCUUGAUAAGAAUUCACUCAUGCAUUUACUCAAAGUACUUAAUCAUGUUUUGUUGACCAAAUUGUAUGUUUUGUUUAAUAUAAUCAAUUUUAUCACGUUA